CGCGCCUCUGUCUGUACCCUUCCCAAACUAUUUUUUUUUUUUUUUUUUAUUUCGCCUUUGGCUGAACACAAUAGUACGCGGUAUAAAAUCCCUACAAAGUAUAUUGGUUAGGGAAUCUCUGAACUCUUCCAAACUCAACAUAAUUAUUCCUCUAUGUUUUUUGGCGCUUUGCAUUUGACCGGAAAUUGUAUGCUUUACUUACUAUAUUUCCGAUAGCUACUAUUCGCUAGCCGUAGCUUUUGCUCCUUUUCAGAAACUUAGUCGUGUAAAAUGUUUUUACGCUAACUAAUAAUUAGUUCCGUGGUAAUGUUCCAGAAGUCAUGGAACCAGGUCCUUCCUGUCGCUCAUCUGCCUCUCAAGAUCCACCUGUGGUUCCAGCUGCUGAGAACUCUUUUGGCGUGGGUGAAGAUGUGCAAAUUCCUCGUGACGUGAAAACGCACUUUCGCGUGUGUCGCUUCAUAAUGGAAACAGGAGUGAAGCUGGGCAUGCACUCUGUGCCAGUGGCUACAGCGUGCGUGUUAUACCACAACUUCUUCAAACGGGUCAACUUAAGUGUAUAUGAUCCUUACCUGGUGGCCAUGAGCUGCGUAUACCUGGCAGGCAAAGUGGAGGAGCAGCACAUAAGGACCCGUGACAUCAUCAACGUGAGCCACAGGUACUUCAACAGUGGCAGCCCUCCUUUAGAAUGUGACAAGGAGUUCUGGGACUUGAGAGACAGUGUGGUGCAGUGUGAGCUUCUCAUCCUACGACAGCUCAAUUUCCAAGUCUCCUUUGAGCACCCUCACAAGUAUUUACUCCACUACUUGAUGUCUGUGAAAUCAUUGGUGAACCGCCACGCUUGGUCUCGAUGCCCUGUUGCUGAGACUUCCUGGGCGUUGCUUAGAGACUGCUACCAUGGAUCCAUGUGCAUCCGGCACAGGCCGCAACACAUCGCUAUAGCGACACUGUAUUUGGCUCUCAAUAGCUACGGAGUGGAGCUGCCUGUUGGAGAGAAACAUUGGUGGCAGGUGCUUUGUGAGGGCGUGACCAAAGCAGAACUGGAUACUGUGAUUUCUGACCUUCUCCAACUGUACGACAUGGAGGCCAAGUGUGUGUGAGGACACUGCUUGCAGACCUGCUCGCGCAAGUCACCAGUUCUUGAUGCACCUGUGCAUCUAUAAUUGCCAAUGGGUCAUUUCUGAGGGUAACUGUCCGUGCAUUCGUUUUGAAUGCAAGAAGGAGCUGUGCCAAAAACUCAAACUGCACUACCGAAGUGUAACACUGAGGGGAGACAAUUCUUCAUUUCCCGCUUUCUGGUUGCAGAUAUCUCAGUGGUGCAGAAAAAGAGACAUUCUGUUGGUUUGUAUUGCUAGUAGCAGAGCAACACAUUUUGACCUGGCCAUACAUUCAACUGUAUUGUAACAUUGUAACAAAAAUUCUCUCUACAUAAAUUUCUAUGUUAAAAAAAAAAAAAAAAAAUACUGCGAGUUCAGGCCUAAGACCCCUUUACUUUCAUGAACAUUUGGAUAGCCCAUCCAUGCAUCGUGUACUAAGGAUUAUAUUUCUGUAUAUAAUUGGCAUUGAUGGGAUUUUCUUUCCUGGUGCUGUUGUUCGAACAGUGAAAGAAAAGACAAAUUGACGUACACUCAGCUUUCACACUUUAGCGUUCACCUGCACAUUCCAAUAAAAUGUGAGAACGGUAUUAUUCCAAUGAACUCUUGCUUUUGUGUUUUUUUUGUCGUUGUCAUUUUUUGCAGUGGUGUUGACUCGCAUGACAUAGUGGCCAGUACUAA